GAAUUUAUAAAAAAUAAAACAAAUUAAUUAAAAAUGGAGAGUUUAAUUAAUAACCAAACCACGCUUGGUGAGGAGAUCCAAGCUCUAAUUAGGAACUAUAAAAAGGAUCCUCAGGAACGGAAGUCAAAUGCAACAUACUUCCAUAAUAAGGCUGCUCAGUUAAAUCAGCUUUGGAGUGCCUUCGAUCAAGGAAAUGAGAAAAUAAGGAAUCUAAUGGCGGAAAAUCCUGUGGAGAAUCCUUAUGUAAGGGAAGGUUACUUCUCAAAGAUCAAGGACAUCGUAAUUAAAUAUCAGGGGGAAUUUUCCACAAAAUUGAACGAGCUAAGCCCUCCAGAUACAGCACGCUCGGACUUGAUACCUCUCCAAAGGCAUCAAACCGCGUUACUAGCAGCGCUACAAAGACUGAUUGGUCAGAUAACACAAGAGUCACAGGCCCGAUUCAGGCCCCUUGUAACAGAAUAUUGGGAAAAAAUAAACCAUAUUCACUUCGAGAUCUUCAGACUGUUCGAAGAUCCAAUAGCUCUUGGAUACAACAUGGAAAAUUAUUUGAAUGCAGAAGCAGCCAUAUUCCAAAUUCAAUCCACGCCUAUUGAUGUGAAGCCAUCAAUUAAUGCUGCAGCCGCCCAAACGCAAGUACAGCUACCAAAGGUAUCCAUACCACAAUUCGACGGAUGCUAUUUAAAAUGGCAACAAUUUCAUGAUCUAUUCACAAAAAUGAUUCAUGAGUCAACAUUGCCAACAGUACAAAAAAUGUGGUACUUAAAAUCAAACCUCUCUGGAGAUGCUGAAAGACUGGUUAGACACUUGGAUCUAACAGAGUCCAACUAUGAAACUGCCUGGACGAUGCUGAAGGAGCGUUUUGACAACAAGCGAGUCCUGACUACAACGACUCUACACAAACUUUUGGAUCAACCGUCAGUGACAAACGAUGCAUCAUCAAUAAAAGGUUUCCACGAUAUUAUUCAAGAAACGUUAGCUACGUUGAGAAACGGCGGCAUAGAAGUCAACAAUUGGGAUCCACUUUUGCUAGUGCUACUGGCAAGAAAAUUGGACAGGACUACUCAUGUACUGUAUGAGCAAUCCUUUAAAGACACAAGAAAGCUACAACCCAUCAAGGAAUUCUUAGCCUUCUUAGAACAAAGAUUCUUGGCACUGGAAGCGAUAGGAGGGAAACAAUACGUCCCUAAAGAAAAGCAAAGGAUAUGCGCGUCUGCCUCAACAGAAAAGAAUAAAGGCUGUCAAUUCUGUGAUUCAGCAGAACAUAAAAUUUAUCGAUGUGACAAGUUCGCGUCAAAAUCUGGAGACGCACGUUUAAAAUGGGCACUAAACCAAAAACUGUGCCUAAACUGUCUGCGGCCCAAUCAUAUGGCAAAAUCAUGUUUCCUACGCAAUUGCAUGAAGUGCAACAAAAAACAUAAUACGUUGCUACAUCUGGAGAACAAAGAUGACGUCAAAAUAACUGCCGCAGCACACAAUAAAUAAUUAUGUGCUACUCGCCACUGCU